AAUAUGUCCAGUGGUGGUUCGCCGGCGAAGUCCCAGAGCAGCAUCUGCUUGUUGUGGCUGGUCAUUUGCAAGACGGCUCGAUUCCAGUUGGCCAAUCCCCUCACCAGCGUGGUUAUCAUUGUAGGGCCCAUCAUGGUGUUCCUCAUCUAUUCGGCCACGGCUCUGUUCCGGGAGCCGCAGUUGGUGUCGGAGAAAAGGCACCCACCCGUCAAUAUUACAACCAAAGUGCCGCGCAUUUACUACUCUCCUGGGAAUCUGGUGUUGGCGGGGGUCAUCGAGGAUGUGGUCCAUGAGUUGAAAGCCAAAAAAAGCAAGGCCUUUUACAGCGCCGAUGAGCUGGAUAUUGCCAUCACAAAUAAGAAUAAAUAUGGAUACGUGGGGAUUGAGUUUGACGACAGCUUUAGAGAGAUUAGGUCCCUUCCAGACAAAGUGUCGGUGGCUCUUCGGUUCCCACUUCACAUGCGUAGCAAUCCCAAGCUGAUUUGGGACAACAAGGCCGUGUUCAAGCAUUCAAACCUGGAAAAAGAUUACUAUCAAAAGGAGGGAUUCUUAAAUGUGCAGUCCGCACUGAGCGAGGCGUUAAUCAGGGCUAAAAACGAAAGCGCCCUCCUGCCAGAAGUGACCCUGCAACACUACCCUAUCCCCAAGCAUUUGGAGGGUAGGUUUUCGGAUAACAGGGUGACUCUAGCCGGGAUCCUCUUCGUGCCCUUCACCAUAUCCGCUGCCUAUCUUGCCCAAAUGAUAGUAAGGGAACGGCAGCAACAUGUGAGGGCCUUGCUGGAGCUUUUGGGCGUGAGAGCAUGGAUAUACUGGCUGUCCUGGUUUCUGGUGGGCUUCGUCCUCCUGUCCAUUCCCACCUUAUUUAUGGGUAUCCUGCUUAAGUGGCGCUUCUAUCCGCUGAGCGACACUACUCUGGUGCUGAUUUUCUUCCUGGUCUACAACUUUGAAGUCUUGUCCUCGGCUUUCAUGAUCUCAACCUUCUUCUCGGACACCUUCGGGGUUCAGGUGGCCAUCCUGAUCGUACAUCUGCUUGGCGGCCUGCCCUGGCGCCUCUUAAUUAUGGGCUAUAGGCCCACUUUAACACGGGCUUUUUUCGCCAUCCUUUUCCUAAACAGCUCGUUGGCCAUGGGACUGCAAGAGUUUAUUGAAAACGAGAACCUCCACAAGGGGAUGCGUUGGGAAAGACUCUUUAAGCAUACCGAUCCUAAUGACUUUAUCAAUUUGGGCACCAUCCUGAUAUUCAUGUUGUUUGGCAGCUCGUGGCGCCUGAUUGUCCUUGCCUACGUGGAUAAACUGAAGAGUAUUCGCAGCAGAAGGUGGUACUUUCCCGUUCAGCCCUCCUUCUGGUGCCCGCGAAGAGGGCGGCAGCGAUACGGAGGCCGGCAUCGGGAUCUCGAGGGGCAAGUGGAGUCAAAGACGGGGCUCAAAGUCAUUGUCCGGGCCAGAAACCUGAAAAAAGACUACAGCGGACGUGAAGUGGUUAGUGAUGUAAAUUUGAAUUUUUACCAAGACAACAUUACGGUGUUCCUGGGGCACAACGAUUCGGGGAAGUCGACGAUCUUUAUGCUGCUGGCAGGUUUCGUCGAGCCCACGUUCGGCGAGGUAACCAUCAACGGCUUCGACCUGGCCACCGAGCGGAGGAAGGCGCGUCAGUCGAUGUGUAUCUGCCCGCAGCAGGAUUUGCUGUUCGAGAAGUACAAGGCCAGGUGGCACCUCAAGUUCUACUGUCGGCUGAAGGGAAUGAACCGGAAGGAGGCCUCUGCAGAGGCGGAUAAGUAUCUGGAGAUCGGCCACAUGCAGGACUUUGCCGACAGCAAGGUGGAGAGCCUCCCAAACGGCAUAAAGCGGAUGCUCCUGCUGUGCUGCAGCCUGUGCGGCAACUCGAAGGUUCUUCUCCUGGACGAGCCCGGCACCAGUCUGGAUCCUCUGCUGCGGCGCAACAUGUGGGACAUGCUGCGUCGGGAACGGAAGGGUCGCUGCAUCAUCAUGUCCACCCACAACAUUCACGAGGCCGAGGUGGUGGCGGAUCAGAUUGUGGUCCUGUGCGACGGCCAGGUGAUUGGCUACGGCACAACGGGCUUUCUCACGCAGGUGGCCGACACGGGCUCGUUCUACCUGUUGAUCUGCACCAAGAUGGAUGACUGUUGGGUGGAGGAGGUGACGGACUUUCUGCAGACACGCCUUCCGGAGAUCAAUCUGCACAGCGAAUACGGCAUUUACGUUUGCUACAAACUGCCCACCAAAUAUGUGCCUGAAUAUGCGGGAUUGUUACUGGAGCUGGAAGGGGCACUGGAUGAACUGAUGCUUAAGGAGUUCAGCAUGUGCGCCCCCACGCUGGGCAGUGUGUUCCUGCGGAUUGGAGAGGAGAUGAGGGAGCACCGGGACCGGAUUGAAUCCAUUAACCCGAUGUCACGUGUGUCGCCCAUGUCGUCUCUGAUCAAUCUUUUCCCCUCCUUCGAUGUGCGCGAGGACGAUGGUCGGGUGAAGUGCUGCAAUCAGUGGCGGGCCAUCAUGGAGAGAAAGCGCCUCUUCGCGUGGCGCCACUGGAAGCUCUUCUGCCUGCUUGUCACGAUGCCGGUCAUCAUCUGCCUGCUGGUCGUCUGCUUUGAACUUUUCAUAUUUGUAUUCGGCCAUCUCCUGUUUGAGCUGUCGGUCACGGAUCUGAGCCCCUAUCCCAGAGCGGUGUUUGUGAUCGAAUCUCCUGGGGACGACAAUAUAUUUGCCGUGCGCUACAGGCAGUACGCCUUGAGUCGAGGAGCCACCAUUCGCACCACAGGUGGCACUCGCCUCGACGACUAUCUCCUGGAGCAGAUGGAGUCGGAUCAGACGAUGGUGCAGCAGACUUUGUUGGCCGGCGUCACUUUCAACAACGAAGACAACUCAAUUAUCGCCUGGUCAAACAAUGGCCUAGAGCACGGCUCCGCGCUUUGCCUGGGCUUGGUGUAUGCGGCCAUUGGCCAGGAGCUGGCCCUGAUUGACAUCGAGAUUGUUAAUAAGCCGUGCCAGGAUACGGUCACCCAGGCACUGACUGGCCUCAGCCGUUACAGCUCCGUGGAGUUCUCCCUGCUCGUGUUCCUAUACCUCGUCCUGGCGACCACCAUUUUCACCGUGCUGCCGGUCAUCGAGCGACAGAGUGCCGUGCAGCACCAGCAAUUCAGCAGCGGCAUGAGCCGGAUAACCUACUGGCUGUCGCACCUCUUUUGGGACUAUUGGCUCUUUAUCGCCAUGGUCAUGCCUCUGAUCGUGGUCGCUGGAUUUACCACAGGAUCGGCACUCUCCGUGUCAAUCCUACUGCUCGCCUUCGGGUUCGCCGUCAUUUCGUUCUCCUACCUGGUGUCCAAGUUGUCAAAUGAUUUGGGCAAGAUGUUCACCAUCAUAUUGUACAUUAACAUGAUAGGCAUUCUGGCAUUGUUUAUCCAUCCCAAGAGGGGCGACUUGCGCUACAGAAUCCUCGAGACCGUGCUAACGAUUCAUCCACACUAUGCGUUGUUUUGUGGCAUGCAAGAUAUCUUAAAAAUGGAUAGGGUCCUGAAUGUCUACGAACCUCAAAUGAAAGUUGUGAUUUCCUAUACCUACAGCUGGACUGAAUUUCAUUAUCUGAUUAUCAGCGGAACAGUGUAUCUGAUCCUGGUCCUUCUUUCAUGGGUUCCGCGUCGAAUUAACUACGUCAUUAAAUCCAUCAAGAACGAAAAAAUAGAGCCAAACCACAAAAAUGAGGACAUAGAAGUGAACCAAAUCCGGCAUAGAUUGGCCUACUUGACUACCAAACAAUAUACGCACUUCCCCCUCAUCCUAAAGAAUGUAUCAAGGCGCUACGGCAGUUUGUUGGCAGUACGAUCUCUAACGCUGGACCUCAAUCCGUUCGAGUGCCUCGGCUUGCUUGGGCGGAAUGGUGCUGGAAAGUCCAGCACCUUUUACAUGAUCGUGGGCAUGAAAGCGAUCACGGUGGGCAGCAUUCACAUCAAGGGCUACAGCUUGAAGAAGCGUCCUAAGGAUGGCAUGCGACACGUGGGCUUCUGCCCGCGGGAAGAGAUGCUCUCGUCGUACAUGACUGGCAGGGAGACGUUGCGCUUCUGGUGCCUGGUGAACGGCCUCCGACGAAGUCACAUCGGGGCAGUGGUGGCGACGAUGGGCGAUUGCUUUGGACUCACCCAGCACAUAGAUAACCGUAUCAGCACCUACAGCAACGGCACCAAGCGGAAGCUGAUGAUUGCCAUGGCCACCCUGGCGCCGACGUUGAUAUGCCUCGAUGAGCCCACCGCCGGCGUGGACAUGCAUGCCAAGUACGAUAUCUGGCAGAUCCUGGAAAGCAUCCGACAGGCCGGCCGGGCCAUCCUGCUCACCACGCACAGCAUGGAGGAGUGCGAGUUUCUGUGCACCAAUGUGGGCAUCAUGGAUCGCGGCUCGUUGCUCUGCUACGGAUCCUUGGCGCGCCUCAAGUACCGCUUCGACAAGGGCAUCUUCGUAAAGGUGAAAGUGGGCACCGCAGCAGAAAUGGACCAUGUGAAGAAAGAACGGGAACGGAUUACCAUGGUUGACUCAAGUGAGACUGAAAGUGCAAGCACGCUGGGUUCUCUACGGAGGUCGGUGGCGCACUUGGAUAGACUUAGUAGAUCCCGAACAGAAAUAUUCAGGAAGACGGAACCCAUCAGAGAAUUAGAACCAGUGGCAGAGGCCGCAAGCGAAUCAGACAUCAGGGAGGACUAUGAUAUCCUGCUUCAACGAUUGGAGGAAGUUUUCAAAAAGGAUCAUCCCUAUAGCAGCGUGAGCGAGAAGUACGCCUACCGGGGAAUUAUUACCUUCUGCAUUCCAAAAGAGAAAAUCAAGUGGUCCGGAAUAUUUUACUACAUGGAAAACUUAAAAACAGAAAUGCAGAUUUUGUACUACUCUGUCAGUCAUACAACUUUUGAAGAUGUGUUCAUGGAAUUUGUCAGGAAGCACAAUCAAUAGAAUAGCAAUCCCUUUAUGAAUCAUAAAAACUUAUAUUAACCUGCCGAAUGGCACCUUAUCGUAUAGUACUGACUGGGCCUUCAAAUAGUCACAUAUGUAUUUAUCUGUGAAAGCUUUGGCUACCAAAUGCUAACAAAUCGCAUAAUUAAUCAGUUGGAGUUGCAAAAAGAGAAAAAAUAAAUCAAGCGAAUUUACCAAGUCAUCAGCCGUCAUUUUCGGAUUAUUGAUACUCUUUUACGGGAGCAACUAGUGAAAAUUUAUGAAUAUAUUUUGU